CCUGCUCCGCCUGCGAUGCCUCAGGAGGAGCAGGGCUCCGUGGAGCAGUACGCGGCCGUUUCGCCCACCGAUGAGGUGGUCGCGGAGGAGGGCGUCUCGGGCCAGGAGACGAGCACGGGCGCGCCUGCUCCGCCGCUUAUGCCUCAGGAGGAGCAGGGCUCCGUGGAUCAGUACGCGGCCGUUUCGCCCACCGAUGAGGUGGUCGCGGAGGAGGGCGUCUCGGGCCAGGAGACGAGCGCAGGCACGCCUGCUCCGCCGCCGAUGCCUCAGGAGGAGCAGGGCUCCAUGGAGCAGCGCGCCGCCGUUUCGCCCACCGAUGAGGUGGUGGGUGUCGAGAAGGGGGCUUCAAGUCCGAAGGCGAGCAAAGGCGCACCGACGACACCGGCUGAUAUCGCCCCGCCGCGGAGGAGCAGGCAUCGGCCUCCGGGAGUGCCAGCCGACGCGCCCAAGGAGGUGGUGCGGGCCGUGGACGCGGCUAUCACGGGCAGCCGCGGGGGCGUGGUGGACUGCCUCCGCGACAUGGUUUCCGAGGAGCAGGGGGACACACCGCACUACGUCGUCGACGUGCUGCUCAAAACCAUGGGCGGCGUGGACGACGAGGUUAGCGAUGCCACCGGCACCGGCGCUCCUCCGAGCAUCAUGUCCAACUCGCGUGCCGCCAUCGCUGCUGCCGAGCUCCUGCCUCACCUCCCCUGCGGCGAGGAGCCGUCGCCGCGCACUCGUAUGGCCGUGGGCCUGCACGCCGCGCUCCGGGCCUGCACCCGCAACCGCGCCAUGUGCUCGUUGUCGGGCCUCCUGGCCGUGCUCCUUGAGUCUGCGGAGAAGCUGUUUGUUGGAACGGGUCGGAGCAGUGCCAGUAGCUGGGAUGCGACACCGCUGCUUCGGUGCAUCCAGCUCUUGGGUGGGCACUCGCUUAGUGUGAAGGACCUGCAUUCCUGGCUUGGCUUGGUUAAGAAGGCGCUCGGGACGAGAUGGAACAUGCCGCUGAUGCUGGCGCUUGAGAAAGCUAUGGGUAGUGAGGAAGCAAGAGGUCCUGCUGCGACGUUUGAGUUUGAUGGGGAGAGCUCUGGUCUGCUUGCUCCUGGUGAUAGCAGGUGGCCCUUCUCGAAUGGCUACGGGUUUGCUACUUGGAUUUAUAUAGAAUCGUUCUCCGACACACUUAGCACUGCAACAGCUGCAGCUGCCAUUGCUGCAGCUGCUGCCGCAACAUCUGGUAAAUCAUCAGCAAUGUCAGCAGCUGCAGCAGCCAGCGCCCUUGCUGGAGAAGGUACAACACACAUGCCACGGCUUUUCAGCUUCCUCUCUUCGGAUAACCAGGGUGUGGAGGCUUACUUCCAUGGCCAGUUCUUGGUGGUGGAGAGUGGGGGCGGGAGAGGUAAGAAGGCUUCUCUCCACUUCACUUAUGCAUUCAAGCCUCAGCGCUGGUACUUUGUUGGGCUAGAGCACACAAACAGGCAUGGUUUGCUUGGAAAGGGAGACAGUGAAUUGAGCUUGUAUGUCAACGGUAGUCUGCAUGAGAGCCGUGCUUUUGAUUUCCCGCGCAUAUCGAAACCACUGGCGUUUUGCUGCAUUGGGACGAAUCCACCACCAACCAUUGCAGGCCUGCAGAGGCGCCGGCGGCAAUGCCCGUUGUUUGCCGAAAUGGGCCCCAUCUACAUCUUCCGGGAGCCAAUAGGGCCAGACAGAAUGAGUCGGCUGGCAUUCCGGGGCGGAGAUAUACUUCCCAGUUUUGGAAAUGGUGCGGGUUUGCCAUGGAAGGCAACAAACGGCCAGAUUAAGAACAUGGCAGAAGAGAGCUUUGCACUCAACCAUGAGAUAGGAGGCUGUUUGCAUCUUCUUUAUCACCCUAGUCUUCUCAGUGGCCGUUUUUGUCCAGACGCUUCCCCCUCUGGUUCAGCAGGCACUCAUCGAAGGCCCGCAGAGGUUCUUGGGUUGGUUCAUGUUUCAUCUCGUGUGCGGCCUGCCGAAUCUUUGUGGGCCUUAGCUUAUGGGGGCCCAAUGGCUUUACUUCCAUUGACUAUAAGCAGUGUGCAGAUAGAUAGUCUUGAACCUGCACUUGGUGAAUUGUCACUGUCACUUGGCACUGCAUCCCUUUCUGCCCCAGUUUUCAGGAUUAUUUCCCUGGCUAUUCAACAUCCUGGCAAUAAUGAAGAAUUAUGCCGGACAUGUGCGCCUGAGCUUUUGUCACGUGUUUUACAUUAUCUGUUGCAAGCGCUUUCAAAGCUGGGAAGUGGAGAAGAAGAGGCAGUGACUAAUGAGGAGCUAGUUGCCGCCAUUGUAUCUUUGUGCCAGUCUCAAAGAAACAAUCAUGAGCUUAAGGUGCAGCUUUUCAGCACUUUGCUGUUGGACUUGAAGAUGUGGAGUUCAUGCAACUAUGGUUUGCAGAAGAAGCUUCUGUCCUCACUUGCAGACAUGGUAUUUACAGAGUCUGUUUGCAUGCGAGAUGCAAAUGCGUUGCAAAUGCUUCUUGAUGGCUGCAGAAGGUGUUAUUGGGCAAUCCAGGAACCAGAUUCAGUCGAUAACUUACCACUUACCGGAACAAAGAGAUCCUUGGGUGAAGUGAAUGCUCUGAUUGAUGAACUUUUGGUUGUCAUCGAACUUCUUCUAGGAGCAGCAUCUUCCACUGCGGCUUCGGAUGAUGUUCGCUCUUUGAUUGGAUUUAUUGUUGACUGCCCACAGCCUAAUCAGGUAGCAAGGUUGCUUCACCUCAUCUAUAGGCUAAUUGUGCAGCCUAACAUUUCUAGAGCCAACAUGUUUGCACAGUCAUUCAUAUCUAGUGGUGGUGUAGAAGCACUUCUAGUUCUUUUACAGCGCGAAGCUAAAGCUGGUAAUAACCAUAUUUUGGACAACCCUGGGGCAACUUUAAGUGAAUUUGAUGUACGGAGUAAUAGGGGUUCUGACACAAGAGCCACCAGUGGUGAAGUAUAUCAGCAGGAUGAUGAAAUUGAAUCAGCUGAACAACAUGAAUCCAUUGUUCAUGAAGAAGACGCUGGACAGGAAGCUACAAACACAAACAGUGCUUCUUUUAAGAUGUUGGGAGCAAAUAUAGGAAGAAAGAUUUCCAACUCUGAGAAUCAGCUACUAAAGAAUUUGGGUGGCAUCAACUUCUCAAUUACUGCUGAUAAUGUCCGGAAUAAUGUAUACAAUGUUGACAAAGGUGAUGGAACUGUUGUUGGAAUCAUUCACAUUCUGGGUGCUCUAGUUGCGUCAGGUCACUUAAAAUUUGCCUCAAGUGCUUCAAAUCCAAAUUUGCCCGGUGGUCUUCUGACAACAGUUCAUCAAGAAGGAAAUACUACGUUAGAAGACAGAGUAUCGCUAUUACUUUUUGCGUUGCAGAAAGCAUUCCAAGCAGCCCCAAGGAGGCUUAUGACUGCAAAUGUCUAUAUGGCUUUAAUUUCUGCUGCGAUUAAUGUUUCUUCAGUUGAUGAAAAUUUGAACCUAUAUGAUUCUGGCCACCGUUUUGAACACAUUCAACUUUUGUUAGUGCUUCUCCGCACACUUCCAUAUGCAUCAAGGUCAUUCCAAGCUCGUGCUAUACAGGAUAUUCUGUUUUUGGCUUGCAGUCAUCCUGAAAAUAGAACCACAAUGACCUCAAUUGCAGAAUGGCCAGAGUGGAUUUUAGAGGUUUUGAUUUAUAAUCAUGAGAUGGGCAGUAAAAAUAAUGUCGAUGGUGUAAGCAUUAGUGAGAUUGAAGACCUCAUACACAAUUUCCUGAUUAUCAUGUUGGAGCAUUCGAUGCGACAAAAAGAUGGGUGGAGGGAUGUGGAGGCUACUAUUCAUUGUGCAGAGUGGCUUUCAAUGGUUGGAGGAUCUGGAACUGGAGACAAACGGAUCAGGCGCGAAGAGUCAUUACCAAUUUUCAGAAGGAGAUUAUUAGGCGAUCUGCUUGAUUUCUCUGCCAGGGAGCUUCAGGUUCAGACUGAAGUAAUUGCAGCAGCUGCUGCUGGUGUUGCUGCCGAGGGCUUGUCUCCUGAAGAAGCAAAAGUACAAGCAGAAAAUGCUGCUCAUCUCUCAGUAGCACUAGCUGAAAAUGCAAUAGUUAUCCUCAUGCUUGUAGAAGACCAUCUGAGGUCACAGGGUCAACAUUUUUGCACGUCCCGUGUACUCAAUAGUUUUUCAUCUUCUUCCUCCAUUGCUUCGUCUGCUCCCAGUCGGACAACUUCAUUGGACAGAACUGGUAGUGAACAUAUGGAUGCUGGGCUCUCUAGGCGGUCAUCUUUGUCCAGUGAUGCUGGCGGCCUUCCACUAGAUGUGCUUACUUCUAUGGCUGAUGCAAAUGGACAAAUUUCUGCUGCCGUGAUGGAGCGCCUUACAGCAGCAGCGGCAGCCGAGCCAUAUGAAUCUGUCAAGCAUGCAUUUGCGUCUUAUGGGAGCUGCAUUGUUGAUCUUGCGGAAAGCUGGAAGUACAGAAGCCGCUUAUGGUAUGGUGUAGGCAUUCCAUCCAAACCUGAUUUGUUUGGUGGCGGUGACUCGGAAUCUUGGAGAUCUGUUCUAGAGAAGGACUCAAACGGGAAUUGGGUUGAGCUUCCACUUGUGAAGAAAUCACUCGAAGUGCUGCAGGCACUCUUGUUAGAUGAUUCAGGACUUGGCGGUGGUCUUGGUAUUGGAGGGGGGUCUGGCCCUGGUAUGGGGGUUAUGGCUGCACUUUAUCAAUUGCUAGAUAGUGACCAGCCAUUUCUUUGCAUGCUCAGAAUGACGCUUGUUUCGAUGAGGGAGGAUGACAAUGGUGAAGGUGAUGCUCUUUUGAAGAAUACGAGCAUAAAGGAUGUCAUAUCAGAAGGGAUGGGCCAUCAGGCUGGAAGCUUAAUGCCAAUUGAUGGCAACAGUUCAUCUACAAGAAAACCUCGGCCUGCACUCCUUUGGAGUGUGCUUGGCCCCAUCCUAAAUAUGCCAAUUACCGAGUCGAAGAGACAGAGGGUGUUGGUUGCUUCCUCUAUUCUCUAUUCUGAGGUAUGGCAUGCUAUUGGUAGGGACAGAACCCCCCUAAGGAAACAGUUCAUUGAACUAAUUUUACCACCAUUUAUAGCCAUCCUACGAAGGUGGCGGCCACUUCUGGCUGGUGUUCAUGAGCUUACCUCUUAUGAUGGAAGGAAUCCACUGAUUGCCGAUGACCGUGCUUUGGCAGCUGAUGCACUGCCCAUUGAGGCUGCUCUUUUGAUGAUAUCGCCUGGAUGGGCUGCUGCUUUUGCCUCACCACCAGUUGCAAUGGCAUUAGCCAUGAUGGCUGCUGGUGCCUCCGGGACAGAAAUAGUAACACCUCGAAGGAAUACCUUGAGUCGGCGUGACACGUCUUUGCCGGAGCGUAAAGCAGUAGCAAGACUUCAGGCCUUCUCAAGUUUCCAGAAGCCGGUUGAAACUGCACCCAACAAGCCUAGUUCCACCCCAAAGGACAAAGCAGGAGCUAAAGCUGCGGCAUUAGCUGCUACACGUGAUCUCGAACGGACUGCUAAGAUUGGUUCAGGAAGGGGUCUUAGUGCCGUAGCAAUGGCAACAUCGGGACAGAGGAGGAGUGCAAGUGAUAUAGAGCGUGUAAGGAGGUGGAAUACAUCUGAAGCUAUGAGUGCUGCUUGGAUGGAGUGCCUGCAAUCAGCUGAUUCGAAGCCUGUUUCAGGAAGAGAUUUUUCAGCCCUUUCAUACAAAUAUGUUGCAAUUCUUGUUUCUGGUUUUGCCUUAGCACGAAAUUUACAGCGACUUGAGAUGGAGAGGCAAACACAAGCUGAUGUGUUGAAUCGGCAUCGUGCAUCAACUGGAGUUCGAGCAUGGCGGCAUCUUCUUCACUGCCUGACAGAGAUGGGAAGACUAUAUGCACCUUUUGACGAACCCUUGUGUUCUCCCGACCGUAUUUUCUGGAAAUUAGAUUUUACUGAAAGUUCUUCAAGAAUGAGAAGAUUUAUUAAAAGGAACUACAAGGGAUCUGAUCAUUUUGGUGCAGCUGCCGAUUAUGAUGAUCGAAAACUUCUAAGUUCUGCUGUGCAAUCAAAUGAAUGCAACCUCGAGGGUGCAGAUUCUUCACUAACAGACACUAUUCCAUCAACUGCGUCAGUGAUAAUGGCUGAGGCCAUGUCUAUGGAUGAAAGAAAUGAGGACAACGAGCAGUUAGAAUCCGAUGCUACUCACAGCAGUGUCGAUCAACUUCGGCAUUCCUCAUCAGUGGAUCAACCCAUGAAAGGAUCAGUAGAUUCAAGAGGUUCUAGCCUUUCUGCUGAUCGCAAUUUGGUUCGAUCCACAGUUGUUGCACCUGGAUAUGUGCCGACUGAAGCUGACGAGAGAAUUAUCGUUGAACUUCCAUCAUUGAUGGUGCGGCCAUUGAAAGUAGUGCGUGGAACAUUCCAAGUAACAUCAAAGAGGAUUAAUUUUAUAAUUGUUGAUCAUGCAAGUGACAGUAACAUGGAUGAUCAGCAAGAUAAAGAUAGGAGCUGGUUGAUCUCUUCUCUACAUCAGAUAUAUAGCAGGCGGUACUUGUUACGACGAAGUGCAUUGGAAUUAUUUAUGGUAGAUAGGUCAAACUUCUUUUUUGAUUUCGGGGAUAUGGAAGCACGCAAAAAUGCUUAUCGGGCAAUCAUUCACACCAAACCACCUAAUAUGAAUGACAUUUUUCUUGCUACUCAGAGAGCUGAGCAAAUUCUUAAAAGAACUCAGUUGAUGGAGCGCUGGGCUAACUGGGAGAUUAGCAAUUUUGAGUACUUGAUGGAACUGAACACUCUUGCUGGGCGCAGUUAUAAUGACAUAACUCAGUAUCCUGUUUUCCCCUGGAUAAUAGCUGAUUACCAGUCUGAAGUGUUGAAUCUGGAUGAUCCUUCUACAUACCGUGAUCUUUCAAAGCCAAUUGGAGCACUAAACCCGGAACGACUAAAGAAGUUCCAAGAACGGUACUCUACAUUUGAGGAUCCAAUCAUCCCUAAGUUUCAUUAUGGUUCACACUACUCCAGUGCUGGCACGGUCUUGUAUUACCUUUUCAGAAUGGAGCCUUUCACCACACUCUCUAUACAGCUGCAAGGUGGCAAAUUUGAUCAUGCUGAUCGCAUGUUUUCUGACCUUUCUGGCACAUGGGAUAGUGUUCUGGAAGACAUGAGUGAUGUAAAGGAGCUAGUACCAGAGAUGUUUUACCUCCCGGAGGUAUUUACUAACAUAAAUUCUAUUGACUUUGGGACCACUCAACUUGGAGGAAAGCUAGAUUCUGUAGAAUUACCUCGUUGGGCUGAGAACCCUGUUGAUUUUGUUCACAAACACCGGAAGGCUCUUGAGAGUGAGCAUGUCUCCACUCAUCUGCAUGAAUGGAUUGAUCUAAUAUUUGGAUAUAAGCAGAGAGGUAAAGAAGCAGUAAUGGCCAACAAUGUGUUCUUCUACAUCACAUAUGAGGGAACUGUUGAUAUUGACAAAAUUGCAGAUCCAGUGCAACGGCGAGCCAUGCAAGAUCAGAUAGCCUACUUUGGACAAACACCAUCUCAAUUGCUGACUGCCCCACACAUGAAGAGAAAGCCAUUGACAGAUGUCUUACAACUACAGACCAUCUUCCGGAAUCCAAGUGAACUUAAAUCUUAUGCACUGCCUAAUCCAGAUCGCUGCAAUAUCCCUGCAAGUACCAUGUUUGUAUCAAAUGAUUCUGUUGUAGUUGUAGAUUUAAAUGUGCCAGCUGCGCAUGUGGCACUUCACCAUUGGCAACCAAAUACUCCAGAUGGCCAAGGGACACCUUUCCUUUUUAAUCAUGGCAGAAAUGCUGCGAGUUCAACAAGUGGUGCAUUCAUGCGCAUGUUCAAAGGAUCCACUAGUUCCGGAGAAGAUAAUGAGUUCCCAAGAGCUAUAGCAUUUGCUGCUUCUGCAAUCUGUAGUUCCGCUAUUGUUGCUAUCACAUGUGACAAAGACAUUAUAACUGGUGGGCAUGCGGAUGGUUCGGUAAAGUUGAUCUCCCCGGACGGAGCAAAGACAGUUGAAAGUGCUUCUGGGCAUAUUGCUCCUGUGACCUGCCUUGCACUUUCCACUGAUAGUAAUUACCUUGUGACAGGGUCUCGAGAUAGCACAGUUAUACUCUGGCGGAUUCAUCAGGCAGGUUCCAUACAUAAGAAAAAUCAAUCAGAACCUCCACCGUCAACACCAAGGACACCACACAGCCCUCUUCCCAGCAGUCCUAGUAACAUAAGCAACCUCUUGGAAACCAGGAAGUGUCGAAUUGAAGGUCCUAUGCACGUAUUAAGAGGACACCUUGGAGAAAUAAUUAGCUGUUCAGUAAGUUCAGACUUGGGACUUGUUGUAUCUUUGUCAGACAGAUCAGGUGUGCUGCUACAUUCUUUGCGGACAGGUCGGCUGAUUCGGAAGAUUCAUGUUGCGGAGGCACAUGUUGUAUCUUUAUCUUCUCAGGGAAUCAUUUUGGUUUGGAGCGAAUCAAUAAAAAGAUUAUCCAGCUUCACUGUCAAUGGACUCCCUAUUGCUACCUCAGUUCUAUCACCUUUUACUGGGCGAGUUAGUUGCAUUGAGAUUUCUAUGGAUGGUCAUUUUGCCCUAAUUGGAACCCAUUCGUCUAGCAACUACAAGUGUGAGGAUGAUAUUGAUUCAGCGGAUCAUGAGACCGACAAACCGAGUGGCAAGAAUUAUAUAUCUGAACAGACGGGAACUGAGCAAUCUGUUCAUGUGCCUUCUAUCUGCUUUGUUGACCUUCAUAAACUUGAGGUUUUUCAUAAGCUGGAGUUGGGAAAGGGCCAAGACAUCACAGCAAUUGCUCUAAACAAAGAGAACACAAAUCUUCUAGUUUCUACUGCUGAUAAGCAUCUAAUAGUCUUCACUGAUCCUGCUCUGAGCCUGAAGGUAGUGGAUCAGAUGCUGCGCCUUGGUUGGGAAGGUGAUGGACUUCUUCGGUCAUGAGGAAACAUUGAUGAUAAGUCAUUACUCGCGUAAAGAUCGAUGAUGCCCAUUCAUUAGUAUAGCUAGGAGCAGGGCAACGAGCAAUUUUGGUGUGGAAUAUGCCAUCUGUACAAAAUGGAAAAAUAAUAGGCAUUACUAGUUAGACUAGGCCGUAUACUGCAUCAGGUCAUUUUAGUCAAAGAGAGAAGGUAACGAGCAGACUUGCUGAGGAACAGCACACUUCCAUUUUUUUGGCAUCAGUUUUGCCUUGUAAAAGCCGACGUUGUUUUUUUGUAGAGUAAGUAAUAGUUAUGUGGAAGGACUCCUUUA